GCCAGGCGCUGCGCAGGCGCAGUGGCGCAGGGGCGCGCGGCCUCCCCCGGCGCGAUGGCCGAAAAAAUGGAAAUUGCCACCCCUCCCACGUCAAAAUGUAUCAUGUACUGGAAAAGAAAAGUCAAGUCUGAGUAUAUGCGUCUGCGGCAGCUCAAGAGGUUCCAGGCGAACAUGGGGGCCAAGGCUCUGUUUGUGGCCAACUUUGCAAAGGUUCAUGAAAAGACUCAGAUUCUGAAUGAAGACUGGAAGAAGCUUCGAGUCCAGUCAGUGCAGCUGAUGAAGCCGGUCAGCGGGCACCCAUUCCUGAAGCAGUGCACUGUUGAGAGCAUUUUCCCAGGGUUUCCGAGCCAGACGCUGUAUAUGAGGACCCUGAACACGGUGGCACUGGUGCCCAUUAUGUACUCCUGGUCCCCUCUUCAGCAGAAUUUCAUGGUGGAGGAUGAAACUGUUCUGUGCAAUAUCCCUUACAUGGGAGAUGAGGUGAAGGAAGAGGAUGAAACUUUCAUUGAAGAACUUAUUAAUAACUAUGAUGGGAAGGUUCAUGGAGAGGAAGAAAUGAUCUCUGGGUCAGUCCUUAUCAGUGAUGCUGUGUUCCUGGAGCUCGUCAAUGCCCUGAAUCAGUACUCUGAUGAGGAGGAGGAAGGACACAAUGAUUCUGAGGCUAAACCGGAGGAUGGGAAAGAGGAGCUGCCAGUCACAAGGAAAAGAAAGCGAAUUGCAGCAGAAGGUAACAAGAAGUGUUCGAAGAAGCGGUUUCCAAAUGACAUGAUAUUCACUGCUAUUUCUUCCAUGUUUCCUGAGUAUGGCUUCCCAGAUGAUAUGAAGGAGAGAUACCGGGAGCUGACGGAGGUGUCAGACCCGAACGUGCUGCCGCCGCAGUGCACCCCCAACAUCGACGGGCCGUGCGCCAAGUCGGUGCAGCGGGAGCAGUCCCUGCACUCCUUCCACACCCUCUUCUGCCGCCGCUGCUUCAAGUACGACUGCUUUCUGCAUCCUUUUCAUGCCACUCCUAAUGUGUACAAACGAAAGAAUAGAGAGACCAAGAUCGAGCCAGAUCCUUGUGGAGCAGACUGUUUCCUCUGGCUGGAAGGAGCCAAGGAGUUUGCUGCCCUGCACAACCCUCGGUCCAAGUGCUCGGGCCGGCGCCGCAGGAGGCACCACGUGGUGGGAGCUUCGUGCUCCAGCACCCCAGCCUCCACCAUCACUGAGACGAGGGAGGGCGACAGCGACCGCGACACGGGCAAUGAGUGGGCCUCCAGCUCCUCGGAGGCAAACUCCCGCUGCCAGACCCCCACCAAGCAGAAGCUGAGCCCAGCCUCCUCCCAGCUGUUUGCGGUGGAGACGCCGCAGGAGCCCGUCGAGUGGACAGGGGCUGAGGAGUCCCUCUUCCGUGUCUUCCAUGGGACCUACUUCAACAACUUCUGCUCGAUCGCCAGGCUGCUGGGGACCAAGACGUGCAGGCAGGUUUUCCAGUUUGCAGUGAAAGAAUCACUCAUAACAAAACUGCCAACGAACGAAUUAAUGAAUCCAUCCCAGAAGAAGAAAAGGAAGCACAGGCUGUGGGCUGCGCACUGCAGGAAGAUUCAGCUGAAGAAAGAUAAUUCGCCUACCCAGGUGUACAACUACCAGCCCUGUGACCACCCCGAGCACCCCUGUGACAGCUCCUGCCCUUGCAUUAUGACUCAGAAUUUCUGUGAGAAGUUCUGCCAGUGCAACCCUGACUGUCAGAACCGCUUCCCAGGCUGCCGCUGCAAAACCCAGUGCAACACCAAGCAGUGCCCCUGCUACCUGGCUGUGCGGGAGUGUGACCCCGACCUCUGCCUGACCUGUGGGGCUUCGGAGCACUGGGACUGCAAGGUGGUCUCCUGCAAGAACUGCAGCAUCCAGCGUGGUCUCAAGAAGCAUUUGUUGCUGGCACCAUCGGAUGUCGCUGGCUGGGGGACUUUCAUCAAGGAAUCCGUGCAGAAGAACGAGUUCAUUUCCGAGUACUGCGGCGAGCUCAUUUCUCAGGAUGAGGCUGACCGGCGGGGGAAGGUCUAUGACAAGUACAUGUCCAGCUUCCUCUUCAACCUCAACAAUGAUUUUGUUGUUGAUGCCACCCGCAAAGGAAAUAAAAUCCGCUUUGCCAAUCACUCGGUGAACCCCAAUUGCUAUGCCAAAGUUGUGAUGGUGAAUGGUGACCACCGCAUUGGGAUCUUUGCCAAGAGAGCCAUCCAGGCGGGAGAGGAGCUCUUCUUUGAUUACAGGUACAGCCAGGCAGACGCCCUCAAGUACGUCGGCAUAGAGAGGGAGACAGAUGUCAUCUAGGCCGCGUGCGGCGCGGUCCCAGCACUCCUGCUGCUGCACCUUGUGAGCGAUGCCGUGUUUGCUUCACGCUGACAUGACUGCUGCUGCUCCUGUUGCUGUGUGUGUCACAAGUGCUGCUUCCCACCCGGAGAGACUCAGAGCAGGAGCGUGAGUGGCUGCUGUUGGGGUGGCAGCUCUGCCCAUGGGUGCGCUGCGGGGCUGGAGGGAGCCCACGCUCAAGGGCAGCUGGGGCAUGGAGUGCAGUUCAGAAGGAGAGACAGUGAAUUUUCAGGCUAUUCCCAUUUUCUGCCAACUGCUAGAAGAACAAGACUGAGCGAGGCACUGCCUGCACUCAGAGCCAAGCACGGCUGGGGCAGAGGGACUGGGGCUCCCUCCUGUCCUUACUGGGACAGGCUCUGGUCUCAGGUGCUGCCUCUUGUUGCCUGUUUUGUCCUGUUGAUGAGGACAGUUACGAGGUUGGAAACCAUAGACCAGUCCCUGGGCUGGUGUGUCCCCUCUGCCCCAGCUGGCUGGAGGACAGAGACCACCUGGCUGUGGCUGGCAUGGGACGAUGCCUGGGGAUGGGGACAGGGGACAGUAGCACUAUGCAGAACGUCACUUUGGGCAGGAACAUGACUGAGCUGGUUAGAGACAAUGUCACAGGAGUGCUGCUGCAAGCACAAGCAAAUCCAGAGGUAGCAGGAGCCUGUCAGCCAGGGGAUGCCUGUCCAGCCUGUGGCAUUUCUCCUGGCCAGGGGUGGCCUGUUGGCUCAUGCCCAUCCCAGCUGCUGGAGGUAUGUCUCAGCCACUCCUGCUCUGGGUAGGCACCUCUUGAACCACCAGAGCUGGUUCCUCCACCCUCCUCUGUUGGGACAGUCCCUUUCGGAGCAGCACGGGCUCAGGGAGGUGUUGGGGAUGUCAGGGGACAGCAGGGCAGGUCCCCAUGGGUCAGAGCAUUGCAGGGCGCAGGAUGUGCUGUACAUCCCUGUGCUGAGGAGUGAGCUGGCACAGCGGAGCUGCUGCUGCCUCUGCUCCCCUGGGAAGGCUGCUCUGGAACCCACCUGGGCCUUUCUGAUGCUCCCUUGGCCCUGGCCCUGGGGAUAAAGGGGAUAUGUUCCCUGGCAGGGUGGAGUUUGGCCUUAGUACCCCAUGUAAAAAGGGAAAAGCACUUUAAACUAAUCCUUGGCUGGCAGCUGGGCCCUGUGCACUGCUUUGGGGAUGGAGAAACACUGGACCUCCCUGAUAGCCAUCAUCCCUCAGCAGCACCUUUGCUGGGACGUUGCUCCAUGCCUGGGGCAGUCUGGAUGAGGGGGCUCUUCCCUGAGCAGGGCUUGAGUUGACCUGAAGGAUGGGGCUGUCCCCUUGGAGCCACUGUCUGCCCAGCUGGCUGCUGGGUCCAGAGGCUGGUCCGACAGGCAUCCAGCACUGGGAUGGCCUGAGGAACCCCCCACACUGAGGGGCCUGGAGCCCCUCACCCCCUUAAGGGAGCUGGAGGGUGCUGUGUUUGUCCAGGGACACUGCACAGAGGGGAGCAGAGCUGGGGCUCUUGCCAUGCUCCUUUGGGGACCUGCAGGUCUCCCAGGGCCCAGCCCAGUUGUCCAUGAAGGCAGAGAGGAGCUGGGUCUGCCCUGGGAGCAGAUUCCUGCCAGCACAGCCCUGCACCAGGCCUUUCUGUCUGUCCCGCUGUCCAUGAGGCCCUCCUGGGCCUCAGAGGCUUUAGGUCUACCUGGAGCAGCACUUGCACCCUGGCACCUCUCUCAGCCCCGCUGCCCCUCGCCUCUGUCUGCUCAACCCUGCUCUCAGCGCUGUGUCCUCUGCCACUUUGGCUGUAUCUGCACUACGCCAGGCUUGUGUCUGUGGUUUGUUGACAGUGAAAAAUAAUGCACUUUAAAAAUAAUGUGGCUUGUAGCCUUUGUAAUAAUAAAGUGGUAGUGAAGGUC